AUGUGUAUGCAAGGAAGUGAUAGUUUUAUACUUGCUUGUCUCCAGGUAUGGUUCCAGAACCGCAGAGCAAAAUGGCGGAAACAACAGAAACAGCAAGGAAAAGACAUAACCAUCACACAAGCCUUGCACUCCGCCAACGCCAAAAGUGGUGUUAGCGGCACAAUGAGCAACCCAGGGGCGACGAGUGUAGGAGCCGCUCUUUCAGGGCUCAGCCUUCCCAACAUCCCGCCACUGCCCAAUAUGGCGUUGCCAAGCAUGUAUUUCCAUAGCAACAUGGCUGCCGCAGCCGGUAUGGAAUGGCCAGGACCGCCUAUAGGAAGCUCGCUUGGCCCGCCGCAGACUUCCAUGGCUUCGUAUAUGACAACACCCGGGGCCGCCUCCAAAUGUGACAACAGACUACUGCAUACGUCAUCAGGAAGAGCAGUGUGUGACAGCAAUGGAUCAAUGAUGAACACUUCUUGCCUGCAGGCCGGAGGAGGAGCAAUAGCUGCAGCAGCAGCAGAAUACAGGACAUCAGAAAUGACAAGUGGUGCAGCCAGUUUGUCACAACUCCGCCUCAAAGCAAAAGAACACUCCCAGUUUUUGGUGACAUCUCAGUGAGAUUUCCACUACACUGCUAGCAGAGUCACCGCCAUCAACAUACUGGUAUACACCACACCACCACACACACAUAUAUAUACAUAUAUAUAUAUAUAUAUUGUAUUACAACCAUUCAUUUAUUUUUAUUUUCUGGUGUUUUUAACAUUAUAUUAUCAUUAUUAUUAUUAUUAUUAUGAUUUAUACAUAUUUUUUGCCGUGCCAUGUGUUCUUAGUUUAAGCACAGUUAAUGAAUAAAAUUAUUGCUGUGAAAAGAAAAAUUUCUUUCAAUUUUUGCUUCCAAGAGAUUUGACUGUUGUCUGUUCAUAGAA